GCAACAAUGGAGCUGCUCAGCUCUGCCGAAUGCCUUCGCAUAGCGUUGCGCACGCGUCAGCUGAAAGCCGAAGAUGAGAAUUUGGUUUUAUUGAGGCGACAACUCGAUGCAGGCUCGCAAGACUUGCUGGGCUACAUGGGUGAAUACUACAAGCUGUAUUUGGAGUUGGAGAACACAAGAACUAAGUGCAAACAUCACUUACAAUACUUUGUCAAGAGUUUGCCCUACAAGAAUCCGCCACAGCGAGCCGAAUGCGAACGCAAAGGCGUCUUUCGCAAGGAGACAACUAUCUACAAGCAAAUAUUGCCGAAUAUACAACGAUAUGCCAGUCGCAAGCUCUUUCCGCAAUGCUACUUUGCUAGAGAGGAUAUAAUGGUGCUGGAAGAUCUAACGCUGCACUAUCGACAUCUCAAAGCCAACGAAAGCUAUAGCCUAGAGCAUUAUAAACUGGUCUUGGGACAUCUGGCCGCUUUGCACGCCGCCAGCAUUGCCUGGGAGGAGGCUGAACAAUUUAAUAUUGGCGAACGUUACAAGCAUGUAUUCAAGGAGCUGCUAAUGAGCAGCGAAAACGAGUGGUUUAUCACCGGAUUAAAGGGCAUCGUUUUCUUGGCUGCGCGACACGUGAAGUACCAAACGGAGCGCGCUCAAAGUUUCAUUAAGGAAAAACUAUUUAAUCUGCUCAGGAAAACGGAACAUCUCGUCGAGCCCUCGAAGAACAUACGGAAUGUGCUCUGCCAUCGCGAUACCUGGGAUCGGAAUAUACUAUUUGGUUUUGCCAGUCAGACGGCCAGCUUGCCCAGCUCCUGCUGCAUUGUGGACUUUCAACUGACUCAGUAUUGUUCGCCCACCUUGGAUGUGCUCUUUCUGCUCUAUAUAUUGGUGCCCUCGGCCGAGGAGAGACGUGAUUUGUAUGACCAGGCGCUGGGGUAUUAUCAUGAUGCUCUGCAAGCUGAAUUUGUGCGACUUGGUCUGCCCGCUAAGCUGAUUAGUAGGGAAAACUUUAUUGAGGAAUGCGAACGGACACGCCUAGCCGGCUUGACUAUGAAGGCGCUGACUGAGCCACAAACCAAGAUGUUGGCCGGCAUUAGCAAUAAGCUGCGCUCGGAGGAGCCAGAGAAAUUUGACUCUUACCUUAAUUGUGAUCGCAGCGAAAUGUAUCUGCGAGUCAUGCAAAUGCAACCGGGCUAUGAGGAAACCAUAAUGCAGCCCAUAGCAGAGCUGGUUGACUAUCUUAUGGAGCACGAGAAGCUGUAUGUCUGA